AUGCAUGAAUGGCGCGCGCAGCCGUGGCGCACGAUCUACUUCGCCUACCAGGGCCUGCUCACGGUGUUCGUCCGCACGCCGUGGCUUGCCCUCACAAAUCUGCCGCGCUCAAGGAGGCCGCAUCCUAGCUGGUCGCUAUUCAAACGCGUGUUCUUGCCUAUUCUGAGGGAAUGGUCGGAGUUCGGGCCUAUCGCGGAGAAAACGGGCAACAUCAUCCACUGCCCGACACACCACGCCAUCCUCCCCGGCGCCGACUUCCACGCCCUCUGGCUCGAGCCCGACCCCACGCUCAUCAUCGGCCGCGUCAAGCACUACGCCGCCCAGGCACACGUCCAGCCCGCGCGCAUCCCGGGGUACUGGCAGACCACCAGCCCCGACGUCGACCCGCACGCCCCGUCCGCGCCGGGCGAGCGCGUCAUCCUCUUCUUCCACGGCGGGGGUUUCCUGUCCUCGUCCGCGCACCCGCACUACCUCAUGGGCAAGCACCCGCGCGUGCACCUUCAGCACGUCCCCCGCGCGCGACGUGCGCUCGCGGUGGAGUACCGUCUGACGGACAUCUCUCCGUUAGGGCGGAACCCGUUCCCUGCUGCCCUCCUUGACGCGAUCACGGGUCUGAACCAUUUGCUGCACGUCGUCGGCUUCGCGCUGGAGGACGUCGUCGUGAUCGGCGACAGCGCGGGCGCGAACCUCGCGCUCGCGCUCGCGCGGCACCUCGUCGAGAACGUCAAGGAGUUGCACGAGCGCCUGCCCAACAAGUUCCCGAGCCCGACGGAGGUGCCGAGCUACAGCCUGGUGUUGCUCAGCCCGUGGGGCGACCUGGGGACGUCGCACGCCGGCGUGGAGAGCUCGACCGCGACGAGCACGCAUGAUUACCUGGUGGACCCGUUUCAGGGUCCACUGUGGGCUGCGUCACAGACGUAUCCGGGCCCGUUGGGGAUCGAGGCGGCCAGUACGAACGAGUGGAUCUCGCCGGCGUCGAAGUGCGUGGAUCCAGACUUCAGGGGAUUUCCGAGGACGUUCAUCGAGGUGGGGGAUAUGGAGCGGUUGUUGGAUGUGGUGAGGACGCUGAGGGAUAGAAUGGUGCGCGACCUUCGGGAGGGCAGUGCGGGCGUGACGUACUUUGAGGCGAAGGGUGCUGUGCAUGACCAUUUGUUGUUCCCGUUUGACGAGCCGGAGGAUAAAGCGGUGUUGGUUGCGAUUGGGGACUGGGUCGGGGAGAGCGAUAAGUGA